GUGCCCACAUCCAAGAUGGCGCCCCCAGGAGCUGGGAGCGGGUGACCGGCGGCGGGGAAGCGGCCUGGGCUGGCCCUGAGAUUGCGGGGUCCCGGGGGCCUGUCGCGGGGCGCCCCCGUGACCCACCGACCAGGCCUUCCCCCCGGGCCGGAGCGAUGGCCGCCGAGAACAGCAAGCAGUUCUGGAAGAGGAGCGCCAAGCUGCCGGGGAGCAUUCAGCCCGUGUAUGGAGCUCAGCAUCCUCCUCUGGAUCCUCGACUCACCAAAAACUUCAUCAAAGAACGGUCAAAGGUCAACUCAGUUCCUCUGAAGAACAAGAAGGCCUCCAGUUUCCAUGAGUUUGCCCGGAAUACCAGUGACGCUUGGGACAUUGGCGACGAUGAGGAAGAGGACUUUUCCUCACCUCCUUUCCAAACUCUGAACUCGAAAGUGGCUUUGGCAACUGCGGCCCAAGUCCUGGAGAACCACAGCAAGCUGAGGGUAAAACCGGAACGGUCCCAGUCGACAACAUCAGACGUCCCUGCCAGCUACAAGGUCAUAAAGUCCAGCAGUGACGCCCAGCUGUCCCGAAACUCCAGUGACACAUGCCUGAGGAACCCACUCCACAAACAGCAGUCUCUCCCUCUCCGGCCCAUCAUCCCCCUUGUUGCCCGGAUCUCCGACCAGAAUGCUUCUGGGGCCCCUCCAAUGACAGUCCGGGAGAAAACCCGCCUAGAAAAGUUCCGUCAGCUCCUUUCUAGCCACAACACCGACUUAGAUGAAUUGAGGAAGUGGAGUUGGCCAGGCGUUCCCAGGGAAGUUCGACCGGUCACGUGGAGGCUCCUGUCGGGCUAUCUCCCGGCAAAUACCGAGCGGCGGAAGUUGACCCUUCAGCGGAAGCGGGAGGAGUACUUUGGCUUCAUUGAGCAGUAUUAUGACUCCCGAAAUGAGGAGCAUCACCAGGAUACUUACAGACAGAUUCACAUUGACAUUCCAAGGACGAAUCCUCUCAUUCCAUUGUUCCAGCAGCCGCUAGUCCAGGAGAUCUUCGAAAGAAUCCUCUUUAUCUGGGCUAUCCGACACCCUGCCAGUGGAUACGUUCAGGGGAUAAACGACCUGGUCACUCCGUUCUUCGUGGUCUUCCUCUCAGAAUAUGUGGAAGAGGAUGUGGAGAACUUUGAUGUGACCAACUUGUCUCAGGACAUGCUGCGAAGCAUUGAAGCUGACAGCUUUUGGUGUAUGAGCAAGCUGCUGGAUGGGAUCCAGGAUAAUUACACCUUUGCACAGCCAGGGAUCCAGAAGAAGGUCAAGGCACUGGAGGAGCUUGUCAGCCGGAUCGAUGAGCAGGUACACAGUCACUUCAGGAGGUAUGAGGUGGAGUACCUGCAGUUUGCCUUUCGGUGGAUGAACAACCUGCUAAUGCGGGAGCUCCCUCUGCGCUGCACCAUCCGCCUGUGGGACACCUACCAGUCUGAGCCCGAAGGAUUCUCACACUUCCACCUCUACGUGUGCGCGGCCUUCCUGAUCAAGUGGCGGAAGGAGAUUUUGGAUGAGGAGGACUUCCAGGGUCUCCUCAUGCUGCUGCAGAACCUGCCGACCAUCCACUGGGGCAACGAGGAGAUCGGGCUGCUGCUCGCCGAGGCAUACAGACUCAAGUACAUGUUUGCGGACGCCCCCAACCACUACCGCCGAUAGGUGCUGUCUUCCCCCGCCCGGGGAUCCGGGCUGCCCCCGUCUCCGAUGGCGAUUUCAUCACUGUGGCCACUGUGCAAGCCGUGGGCCCCGGCCAGGAACCACUCCUGCUGUACAAAGCUCACCCUCCGCCGCCACCACCCAGGUCUUAACUUCACAGCAUCCGCCACCUUGUGUCUCAGGAUGUGUGUCUGGGACCACUGUCAGUAUUCCGUGCCCUGUGGGUGGACCCGACUCUGGGAGAGGCAGAGGAGGCGACGAUUGUCUUUCCCUUGGGGAGACACUGGACAAAAGAGGGGGGCUCCAGGUCUGCCCCACACUGUCCUUCCGUGCACCUGCUGGCCCUGCCCAGGACCCAGCUGGUGGUUCUGUUUUUCUUUCUUUUUCCUACAUUUUCAUGCCCGAGGCACAGGGUAUUAGGCUCUCGGGCUGUCACUUUUUGUGACUCAUUUAAUCUCGUCCCAGGUCAGAGACCUGUUUUCAGAAGACCCUGCUCCCCCCGGCCCCUCACCUCCUCCUGCCCCAGCUGAGCCAGGACACAGGAGUGAGCCCUUCCUUCUCAGGUGGAGGAGACACCAUCUUCAAAACGCUGAGGAGAGGCCUAACUCAAGGGCUAGGAAUUGCGUUUUCCCUUUCCUCCUCCAUGAUUCUUACAUUUGGUGUGCAUGUGUGCGUGC